CCGGGAGUGCAUGAGCUGAUGAAAUUAUGCUUCAUGUCGUUUUUUAUUUUGAUUCAUCCACUAUCACCACACUCGCCAGAUCUUCUGAGGUGUAAACUAUACUCAAAAUUCAUGAUAAAAGGGUUUAGCGGAGGGUUUGAAAUUUUAGUGAGUUGAUUCGAAUCACGAUAAUUGUUGAUAAUAGUUACAAAUGCCUUCACUCCUAAGGCAUUGUUAUAGGCGAAAGCACGAUUGCAUGAUACAUACGACAGUUUCACCCACCGCAAACGAAAACACACGUGGUUCAUUACGACCGUUGUCCCUUCGCUGUGCUUUCAAGUUUCAGCAAAAUUCAGAGCCAAACUGAGGGUAUCGCGAACAGUUUUUAUUCUUUGAAUAGAAUCCGAAAUCGAAAAUUCAGAAAUAAAUCAAUCAAAUUACGGCUCACUCGAACCAAAUUCCAACCCUGUCCAGUGGCGCCUGAAGCAGCAUCUCCGGGAACCACAUUCGGAAAAUCAUAAUCCACUUCACUCGCUUCACCAAUAACUUCCCCUGUUUUGCCGCUGUUCACCCUGCUUGAUGCCGGGAAAAUGGUUCAAAAUUUUGCGCGCACUCCGUUCAUGCAAUUCCCAAUCCCGCCAAGAAACACACACGUAUGUAUGUAUAAAAGCGCACCAACUGUAUCACCUUUCUGGCAGUAAGUGCAGAACCAGCGAGCCAAACAGCAGGAACCCCUCUCGGAAACUUCCCACAUUCGGAAGUUUUAGAAGAGUGUCCCCCCCGAAAGAUACGUUGGUGAUUAAACGCAGUGCGAACGAGUCCUCUACUGAAUGGUUUAUCAACCUAAUUAAAGCUCAGCCUUUUACGUUGGUUUAAUUGUGUCGAAACAAGUGCUUAACCCGAAAUAAAAGGAAGUGAAAGCAGCGACAAACGGUGUUAAUCCACGAAAAAUAAACAAGUUCUGCUAGAUUAACGAAAAAGUUGUCACUAUUGGUUACAAAAAGAAUUAUAACAUAUGAAAAUGACUAAUGGAAUAAUGGGAAACCGUGCGAAGACGAUUAUUGUUACUACGUUGGUGUUAUGUUUUGGUUUAGAUUUCGUGAAAGGAGGCUGUAUCAGCUAUGGCCACUCCUGUUGGGGUGGACAUGGCAAAAGAUCUGGACCGCCCGGGCAAUAUUCGACCCGCGCUCUCCCUGUACCACUGGCACCCCCGCCGGAACUGUGGACAAGGUUGGUAAAGGAUAAACCACAAGACGGCAACACGGAACUGUUUGCUAUUUCCAACAACGGCUACUACCCACCAUUGGCUCGAAUGUUACAGUUUCCACCAGCUGCGGUGAUUAAAAUGCUAGGGUCAGAUUCAACAGCCGCUGUUCAUGGAAGCGAUGGAGAAUCUGCGACAGAAGUGACUGAUGAUGACGAGCAGAACACCAUUGCACGCAAUUCCAAUAACAACUAUCAACCAGCGCAACAGCGAAGGAAGACUGCCGCUCUUGAAAACGAGUCCGCCAGAGCAAACAUUUUCGCGGAAGAAGAUUUUGGUGAACUUCUGCUGCAGGCGCCCACCGCAAACCGAGGCAGCAACUUGUUAAAAUUGUUAAGCCCCACCUCCUUCCGCAAGCACAAUCAAAGCGCGUAAAUCACAUCAAACGAAACUUUAGCUAAUAAAAAAAAAGAUUCUCGGCCGGAGAUGAUCGUUUCGAGAUUGAAGCCAAAGCAUUGACACUAGAAGUUUUCAUCUUAUUAUCUUUAUUACUAUAGUAGGAUUAGGAGAACAUUAGCGGGUUCUACAUGGGGCGGGUGCUGUCCGCUGUAAGGCUGGAAGCUGGGCAGCACCCGCAAAGGACUCGAGACUGAACUUCUCCAGGCGAAACGUGCUAAAAGUGAGUGAAAUUGCUAGUUACUAAACUAUGAACCACAUCGAACACACAGGGGGCGAGCCAUUAUCGAUAUGUAUAUGAAUUUUAAAAAUAUACAAUCAAGGGAUAGACAUUGUACUUGAAAAUAUGGUUAUUACUCUAUAAAAUAAUAAAAUUAUUCUACAGUUUAACGUGAAUUCAAGAGUGUGUAAAUAA